CGCAUAUUUUGCAUUCAGUUGCUGUUUCGCUUUUCGUCGUUGGUGUUCGAUUUUUUUGUUACGAUUGUAUAAAAAGAAGGUAAACAAUCACUUUUGCAAAAAAGGUGUGAUAAUGAAAAAGACGGAGCUCAUUUGUAAUUGAUGAUAGAGUUUGUAAAAAAGAAAUUGGCGAAAUAGUUAUGAGGAGAUUGGCGUAAUUUAUAAAUUUUUAAGAAUUAUAGAUUCCUGUGUAGUUUACACAUGAUGAUACGAUAAAAUAAUUUGAGGCAAAUUACACGUUUGGGAGAAGAAAUAAGAAACUAAUUGGGAAUCCAAAGUGAAAUUAGCAGAAAUAGGUGCAUAAUUUAAAAAGGCAAAAGUAAGAAUUACAACGUUUAUACUAAACAUAGCUGUAAGCUGAUAACCUGGCGAGGUGUGGGACUGUGUAGAAACGCAUCACGGAUCAUUUGGAAGUUGUAUGUCGGAGCGCUUCUUGCUGCUGCCCAAAUACAGAGGUUAGCUUUUGUUUUGUUGACGUAAACGUAAAUUGAGGCCAUCAACCGCUGCUUCUUUAUUGUGUGGAGGCUCUUGAGGUACAUUUAGAAAAGGCAAACGGCUAAUGCGCAAUGGACUACCUACAGGAAUGGACUAAGAGUCUACAGGAGUUCCUCUCUACCUAUAUCGACUUGGAUUACUCACUAUGGCUUUACCGAUUACUUUGGCCGCUGAUUGUAACAUUCCUACUUCCACUAGUCUUCGUGGCACUCAUUUACAUUUCGUUUGUGAUGCUUUUCAUUUACAAACUGCACAGGGAGGUAAUCAUGCGCACUGUUCGCACGGAUCGUAAAUUCUGGGAGUUCGGUCGAAAAUUGGUCGCCGCUUUGUGGGAUGCUCACGCGCGCAUUUAUCAUGGCUACGAAGUAAUCGGCAUGGAGAAUAUACCAGAAACUGGACCUGCGUUGAUUGUGUACUACCAUGGCGCUAUACCCAUCGACAUGUAUUACUUAAAUUCACGCAUUAUACUGCAAAAGGAUCGUCUUAUAUACACCAUUGGCGAUCGAUUUCUAUUCAAAUUACCCGGUUGGGGUACAAUAUCCGAGGCAUUUCACGUCAGUCCCGGCACGGUGCAGUCUUGUGUUGGCAUUCUAAAAGAGGGUAAUUUACUAGCCAUCUCACCAGGUGGCGUUUAUGAAGCACAAUUCGGCGAUCAAUACUAUGAACUGUUGUGGCGUAAUCGUGUUGGCUUUGCAAAGGUUGCGCUGGAGGCCAAGGUGCCAAUAAUACCUUGCUUUACGCAAAAUUUACGCGAAGGUUUCCGACAGCUGGGCAUAUUUCGCAACUUUUUCAUGAAACUCUACAAUACAGUGCGCAUACCGGUUUACCCCAUUUACGGUGGAUUUCCGGUAAAGUUUCGCACAUUCGUGGGUCGACCGAUAGCGUACGAUGGCACGCUAACGCCAGAGGAGCUGCAAAUGAAGGUGGCCUCGGCGUUGGAGGAAUUGAUAAAUCAGCAUCAACGUAUUCCUGGCAGCAUAUUUCAUGCGUUGCUUGAUCGUAUUCCCUCACUUCGUACCAAAAGAAAAGUCCCGGAAUAAGUCGCUAAAGCCGCAUCUGUUCAGCGGGAGGGAAACGCAAAAGACUUUCUGCUAACUAUACAAAUAGUUUAUUGUGCACCUAUCGGGAGAGUUUUGCUU